AUCAGGGUAAGAGCUGCUUUCUUUGGCAUUCCUUACUUUUUGGGCCAAGAUUUCAGUUUGGGAUUACAGAGGUGAACGGAUGUGCUCCUGCCCGAGAGUCUUUUAAGAUGGAUCUGUACGGAAGAUGCCAAACUACGAGAUGAGGAUCCACAAAUGGAAACUUUAGGAUGCUUGGCUAAGCAAAGCAGGAAGUGGACCUGAUCUCUCCUUAAUGAAGUGGCAGUUUCAACUGGAUGCAAAGCUAGGUUCUUUGGGGAGAGACUGUUUAUAGGCAAAUGUUAUGGAAAUACUCAGGGCUUCUGGAUAAGAGUUCAAGAGGAUCUGUACACACACAUUUUGUCUUGGAAAUAAUUUGGAGCAACUCCUGCCAGUUCAUUCAGCUCCUAAAAACAGUGUACAGAGCGGCAGGUGCAAGUUGGUGUUCGGCUACAGCUUCACCCAGAUGCUCAUUGUGUGUGCCUUGCUUAAAAUAGUCUUUUCGGGAGCAAGGUUUGAACUCUCUGAAGGUACCAGCAGAUUUAUGCAGUUCAUUCCACUACUGCCCAUUUAUACUUCUGUGCCAGGAUUGUACUUGAUGUGAAUUUUACUUUGACCAUUUAAUUCCAUGCUGCUGGCAACACCAGGGUGAAUCCCACGGUUACAUGAUGAAUAUGCUGACAUUGGCUACAUAUAUUUGGAAACUCCUUGGGAAGCUAGUUGUAUUUUCAGAACUGUGUGUUCGAGUCAGCACCUUAAACAAUUCGCCCACUCUCACAAGAUGCCCCCCUCACGUUUGCAUCUGUACCGCUGAUCUCUUGAGCUGUGUCAAGCAGAAUCUUUCGCUGGUCCCUGACACACUGCCUCCUACAGCUACGACCUUGGAUCUCAGCCACAACAACAUCAGUCAGCUUAAUGAUCAUUGGCUGGCUGCCUUACCACGCCUCCAAACCCUCAGGAUCAGCUACAAUAAGAUCAAAAAUAUCUCUCAAAAGGUGUUCCACAAUGCUACUGACCUUGUACACCUGGACAUGUCUUCCAACUGCUUGCAGACUAUUGAGGAACACUACUUUGAAGACCUUGUGAACUUAAAGGAGCUCUUACUAUACAAUAAUAUGAUUGUAAAAGUAGAGGAACAUGCUUUUAUCAAUCUAAUCAGCUUGCAAAAAGUCUAUCUAAGUUGGAAUAGGCUAACUACAUUUCCAUUUCAAUCUAUUCAAAGGCUUGAACACCCUCAUCUGAGGACACUUGAUCUUUCCACCAACAAUUUAAGCAGCAUUCCUGUUCAGGUAAUAGCAAACUUGCCUGUGUACAUACAAAAUGGCUUAUAUCUUCACAACAAUCCUGUGAAAUGUGAUUGCACUCUCCACCAGAUGCUUGAAGAAUGGAAGCGUCGUCAUUUCAGUUCUGUUCAGGAUUUCCCAGAGGAGCACACAUGCUAUGCCAAUAUGCCCAAGUUCUUAGUCAAUACCUUCAAGUACACCAAGGAUUUUGAAAACUGCUCCUUAAACCAAGAGAAGCUUGACAUUCUGCAGCUGCACUACAAAGUGGGAGAAUCCUUGGUAAUUGACUGCAACACAAACCUUCGUUACAACAAUAAAACCACAUACAAGUGGGCUUCUCCUAGACAUGAAUUACUCAAGAACUCUGAGACAUAUAAAGUAUUCAAGAAUGGAAGCUUAAUGAUCACAGGCGCCCAGCGUUGGCAUUCUGGUGUUUAUGUGUGCAUGGCUACCAACAAGCUCCAAAACAUGGAGAUCCAUGAAGUCAAUGUCACAAUCCAUUAUCCCAAGUUACGUGAGUCAUUCAAUACUGGUCUCACAACCCUCUUAGGGUGUGUUGUAAGCCUGGUAUUAGUCCUCAUGUAUUUGUACCUUACACCAUGUUGCUGCUCCAAGUGCUGCAAGAAGCCCGCAAGUCCUCCCCAAGACUGCAGUGCCCAAUCAUCCAUCCUCAGUACCACUCCACCAGCAACAGAGGGGCCAAAUCGCAAGAUCAGCACAAACAAGCAUGUUGUUUUCCUAGAGCCCAUCAAGGAAGCCCAAAAUGGCAAGGUCAAGUUGGCUGUCAGCGAGGACUUUCCUGAGGCUAAAAACUCCAAGCUCCUGCACCUGAAGUUGGAUUCUGAAUCCACCAGUUCAGUCUUUUCAGACCCCCCCAUCAUGUCCUAUGAGGCAGAAGAGCUGUCACCAACAGAUGGGUAGCAAGUAAUCCCUAAGAAGGAUGCAGUAGGAGCAGGUGAAGUGGGGAAGGGUGGAAAGGGAUCAAAAUCCACUUCCAUUGUGGAACAGAGAAAAGGCAAGGUGUUUUUAGGAGGCAUUAUCUUACCAAAUAUACAAAGGAAUUUUCCUUAACUCCUUUGGAUGGAGGAUUAUGGUUCAUUAUCAUCAUUCUCCAUCACCUCUCUCAUAACAGCAAGGUCAUUCCUUAGGUCAUUCCUUCUAGUAAUUUAAGAACAAUAGUCCCAGAAUCAUUUAUUUUGCACAAGAGGCAACAAUUUUUUUCUAAAAGAAGAGACCAAAUGCUCUUUCCACAUUCCAGAUUACUGCUCUGUGGUAAGGACAGCAUGUUGUAGCAGAGGGUACCCCCUCACUUUAGAAAACUGCUGUGGAAUACAAGCUGGUAGAACACAAACGUUGACUUAAGGGAAUAAACAUUUGCUAUAUAACAAGGCUAUGUUUUCAUUUCUAGGGAAGAAAAUGUGCCCCUAUCAUACAAACAGGGGACCGUUUCUUACUUUUAAACUCUUUUAGCCAUAAAUUGCUUCUAACAUUUAUUUGGAAUGUAUGCUCCCAAGCCCAUUUUCCCCCAAUGCUUAGUUGCUUUUCCAACUAAGCAAUGCUAACAUUUUAAACAGGCCACAAGUCCUGCUCAGGAUGACUGCCUCACCCUCUUGGAUAUGUGUGGUCAGCUGCAUUAGUCUCAGAAACUGUAAAAGUUUAACUUGUACUUGAACCGUCUUAACUAACUGUGUUAUUUCACUAAAACCUGCUGGUUGCCCUUUAAAAGCUUCAUGUUCUGGACUUCUCUUCCAAUAAGCAACCUUUUCCCAGGCUGCAUUCUCUGAUGGUAAUCAGGCAGCUUCAUGGCUGUGACAUAAUUCCACUAGCUCAGGAAUCUUGUGUUUUUGUGUAGCUGCAGCAGCAAAGACAAAUCCAUGCCAGAAAGUUAUCCUCGGGUAGGACAUGAGAAGGGCAAAAUAUUCCCUUUGCUAUCGCCACAAGAAAAGGGAAAUUUUAGCCCAAGAAGAUGGGCAUUCACCCAAGGCAAAAAGGAUGCAGCUUUAGAUACAGUGCUGAUGCUGGGGUUUUUAAAAUGUACAAUUAACUUACAGCUAGUCCAUUUAUGUAGAUGGAUUAGAUAGACCUAGGCACUGCCUUAAGUCUGAGUAUUUUUACACACAGGAAGAGGGAGUUUAAAGCUAGAAUUUCCUAUUUGCCCCAUCAAAUCAGCUGUAAAUAAUCAGGAAUUUAUUCGAUUAUUUAUGCACAUAACAUAAUACUAAUGACCCAAUCAUGCUUUGCUCAGUGCUCCCCAUGUAACAAGUUCUAUAUGAAUGAUCUCCAUGGUUCCUCGAGUAGGACAGAUUUGCUUGGGAGAAUCAACAAGCUGGCCAUUUUGGUAGUACUUUAAUCCAUGUAAUGAUAACUGUAACCUGGGGCUAGAUUUCCUCUUGAGUUACACUUGAAUAAAAAUGCCUAUUUUAUUUAAAA